AUGAAGCUGUCCAUGCUCCUUUGUUUCGCGGGACUCAGUUCUGCUCUGCUUUCCCUCGAGUCUCCGAAAAGAUUUGUGCUUAAUCUGACUUGGGACACCAGGGCGCCCGAUGGAGUCGAGCGUAAGCAAGCUUUGAUCAAUGGCCAAUUCCCUGGCCCUCCGCUCCUGAUGGAUGAGGGCGACAAGGUUGAGGUGACUGUGAAUAAUUACCUACCUUACAACACCACAAUUCACUAUCACGGCCUUGAACAGCAAGGAACGUCGUGGUCAGAUGGGGUACCUGGAGUUUCGCAGCGGCUCAUUCCUCCUGGUGGAAAAUUUGUCUCUAAAUUCACUGUCACACAGUAUGGAACAUACUGGUACCACUCGCAUUCUGCUGGGCAAAUUAUGGAUGGGUUGUACGGGCCCAUCUAUAUCAGACCUCGGACAGCCGCCAAGGACAUGGCCAAUGCUAUGGCAAAUGAUACCCUGACACGGGCUCAAAUCUAUCAAGCGAUCAAAGAUCCUAAAUUGGUCAUGCUCUCCGAUUGGUUCCACAAUACCUCCGAAGAACUACGCGAAAUUGCUUUAGAUGCAGACAUCGACACAUUAUGUACCGAUUCUCUCCUGGUCAACGGCAGAGGAAGAGUGCGCUGCGUCGACCCUGGAUAUGCCAGCAGCCUGGUCCCCCCUGCCUUGUCUUCCCUGCUACAGGGUAAGAAUUACACCGCCAAAGGUAACACCUACGCCCAAACAACAUAUGCUCAGCACAAUUACAGUGCAGUUCCCUCUACGAUGUAUAACGAAUGCAAUGCCACAGACGCGGAGGAAGCAGUCAUCCAGGUUGAAAGCUGGAAGGGAUGGGCAAGUCUCAACUUUAUCGGCUCGGCGGGGAUCUCGGUUCCAACUGUCUCUAUCAACAAUCACUCCCUUUGGGUGUACGAAGUCGAUGGCCAAUACAUCCAGCCUAUCCGAGUCGACGCACUGGCACUCGGCAAUGGCGGUCGCUAUUCCGCCCUGGUAAAGCUGAACAAUACAGCAGGAGACUAUCCCAUUAUUGUCGCCAAUUCCGGAUUGAACCAGAAGAUUGCUGGCCGCGCGACUCUGUCAUAUGCCCACGGUGAUCCCACCAUCGAUUCCACGCCCUCUAUCAACUAUGGUGGUAACAGGCUUACUUCUGACGUUGUCGUCCUCGAUGAAAACACCAUCAAACCGUUAAUUCCAAACAAACCAAGCCAACAUGCGGAUGAGACCUAUCUGCUCAACAUUGGGCGUUAUGAAAAAGCAUGGAGAUGGUCCCUUAAUGGAGAUCAUGCUUACGACCUGGCUUUGGAGGCUGAGAGACCUAUGCUGUGGGAUCCCCAGUCGCAAGAGAACAGCAGUCUGGUUAUCGCUACCAAGAAUAACACCUGGGUGGACAUUAUCUUCAAGGUCUUUGGUAAUUCUACAACCCUUCAGCCAGGUCAUCCGCUCCACAAACACUCGAACCCGGUUUAUGUCCUCGGUUCCGGCACUGGCGAGUUCAAUUAUACUUCUGUCGCAGAGGCUGUCAACGAGAUCCCAGAAUCCUUCAAUCUGGUUGAUCCUCCCAUACCUUCACCAGUCCAGCAGCCUUCCAAGGACAGGCCUGGUUGGCGAUCCGCUAUCAUGGCAUUGCGAAACCCAGGAGCGUUCUUCAUGCACUGCCACAUCGACCCGCAUCUGACAGGCGGUAUGGCGCUUGCUAUGCUGGAUGGUGUGGAUACCUGGCCUACUGUUCCAGCUCAGUAUGGCCCCCAGGGCCACUGGGGCAAAGCAGCAUAG